AUGUGCGCUUCUAGUAUCAUUCCAAUUCCGCAGUGCAUCUUAACCAACUGGCCCCAACCACCACAUGAGGUGCAUGUAAAAAAGCUCAGCGGAAAAGUGAAUGCAACACAAAAAUCAGGUGCGGUCUCGAAAUACCCAAAGCAGAUUAAAAUAAAACUUACCAAAGUAAAUACGACGUUCCUUGAGUGGGUUCUUGAGGAACAAUAUGGAUGUUGGAGAUCACUGAUAAAUCGGAUCACUUUUUUUUGCUUAACUUCGUUCAAUCAGUGUGUACUAGUUUGGCACACUAGCGGAACACACAAACUAACUAGCAGAGGAACACAAGCUGUUGAAACAUUUCAUCGGAUUGGGAAAGACGUGCUUAGGAAAGAUCACCAAAAAAUCCAUUUUCGGUUGCACCAAAACCACGCACAAUCGGGAAUUUUUUGCGAAUUGCCCGUCUACGCUCAACUCAACAACAAUGCCUAUUCUACACAGUCCGACGAGGAACUUUCUUCUGGUAAUGAAUUAGCCCUACGAUUUGUUUGUUCACCUGAAUUGGACGAUUUCUACCACCCCGUUAUUGUGUCAAGACGAAAGAGACGGUCACCAGAGCAUCAGAAGCAGCCGAUGGAGAGUCAUAACAGACGACUCGUCCGCACCAACGCAAUUCGUGAACCCAUGCGGAAGUGUGGCUCACGCCUGUCGCAAACAACAACGGUGGGAACAGGCAACCUCAAUCAAACUCCUAGCGACCAGACUAGAUUGUAUCAACGUUCGCCUUCAACGGCAAUCCUGUUCUGCUCCGAAGAUGAAAGCAAUUCGUCCAUGUUCAAAAGUUAUCAAGUUGUCGACAGAAACAUGAGCCAGAACUUGCCCGAAGACUGUGAUGCCAGGCCCCCAUCUCCAUAUCAGGACAUAACUGAAAACGAAACCGUUUACUCCGGUUCCCCUCUGACACACGCCGAUAUGCUUCAAUACAAUGCAAAGUGGGACUCGGAUUCUCGAAUAUAUGAGUCAGAUAGUUAUCAACCCUAUUCCAUCCCCAAGUCCUUUGCCACUACUGCAGCAAAGCAUGAAAACAACUCAGAUCAGCUUCGAAGCAUCGAAAAAUCCACUAUCCAUGGAAAACUCGGUCACGCCAGGUCACGACUCCGGACAAACCACCAUCCAAUUGCAGGAUAUUCAGUUGGAGAUGGCAAAUUAGUCGGUUUGUUAGAACGAGUGGAUACGGUCGAAUUCUGUGGCACACGACAAACUUCGCGAUUGCUUAACUGGCCGAUAUCAAGAACACCAUCACCACUAACGAGUUGUAACGAUAGAUCACAUGAGUUUGACCGCAGUCAGCACGCGACCGAACACACUGGAUUCAUGGUUUAUGCUCUCAGGAGUCUUUGCACUAUCCGCAGCCCUAUCGCGACUCGUAUAACAUCCAACAUCAGGUAUCAGGUUGAGCCAUCUCAGACAGCAUGGUGGGACCAGUUAAAGUCAGGAUUACUUGACGAAGAUGCUCUAGACAAGGUUAACCCUGAUAUUUCUUCGCCAAUAGUAGAAACUGAAGUUCAACCCCUCACACAACCAGAGGAAGCUACUCAUCAGUGUCUCAACCCAGUCAUGGACACGUAUGCCAAAGAAAUGUUUUCGAAGGACCAUGUAAUCUCAGAGGGCAUUAUAAGUCCACGGGUUGUCAACCUGUCAGUGCACGAAGACACUGAUGACUGUCAAAAUAUUGAUCAACCCGCUAUUAAAUCACUAAACAAAGAGUCCCCAACGAAAAAGGACAUCAGUCGCCGGAAGUUUCGUCGGCGGGUUAAAAUCACUCUGCACCAGGAUCCCAUAUCGGCAGGAGCAGAAACACCCAGUUUGGUUGUCCGCCUGCGCAUCAACCCUCGAGCAGAUACACAGUCCGUCUUAGCCUCUGUUCAACCUGAAAAAAUUCGACGGCAAACGGAUAACAUAAAAUUUGCCAAACUACGGAAUGCUCUACAGACAGGACGGCCUGCAUCGGUUGGAGAUAUCAGGACCCAGAAGAAUCUCGAUCCCUGGAUUCCGGUGGGUUGUAUGCAACGUGCAAUUGAUUUUGGAGAAGAUGCCAAUUCCGAUGAUCGCGAAAAGUUCAGCGGUAUGGCUGAGUGCCUCAUCACCAGCCUAUCAUCUCUGUCUAUUCCAGUUAGCGAGGUAGAUUCUUUGGAUAGUUCUUUCAGUUGGAGUUUGCCAGAACCCAUACCACAAAGACGCAAAUGCCGGAAAAAAUCAUCUCGUGUGGCAGACACCGUUAUCGUUGAGGUUAUGUCAGACGAAGAUAUCGUUUCUGAAGACGAAUCUCGUUAUAAAGAACCUAAUGACCAGACAAACAGUGAGAUGGACUACCUUGGAUGCGCGACGGUUCCAAACAGGUUGGAAUGCUCCAAAGAGCUCUACGAGCCAUGCAAAACCACAGCGACCUACGAUAAAACGCGUAGAGUAAAGUAUGAGCUAAUCUCGACACACCAUGACCAAGAGGCCGGAAAACACAUUUUAGAUAGACAGCCGGGCACUGAUAGUGUACUCUUACAACCAAUUCCUACUCCCCGUAGCUCUCGCGAACGUUGUAUUCAUUACCACAUCGAGAAAAACCAUUUCACUUCGAAGCUGAAAUCAAUACUGGUCCCAGUGAAUACAACAACCUGUAGAAUGCGCGCCAGUAGCGUGGGAAAUGAACGCUCGUUUAAGGUGAACGAAGUAGUCGACGAGCCUCGAUACGAAAGGCUUUUCCGAACUCAGUCGGUGCCCGAUCCGUCCUUUCUAAGGGAGUCAAGCAGGAUCAAACUCGAGUCAAAACCGAGAAAAUCCGUAAAAACCGAUCAAACAUCGUCUGACACGACCAUAAGGUCGUCCAGUAAUGUACAGCUGAUAAAAAGAAACGAAGUUGUCUACCAAGGCACAGUCUCGCACUUCCGUGUUGACAAGGGGGAACCGAAUGCUGAAACCCAUAAAGGGAUAAUAAGUCCACAGCGGCGUCCAUACAACAGAGCUGGCCAAAAUGCCACCAAGUUCGAAAGAGUUGUUAGCCGGCCAGUAUCAAGUACAUACACAGAAGUCGGAGAUACAAGACAGGAAACAAAGAGGAACUCUGCGAACCUGUUGCAAGUUGAGUCACCCGGAUUGGUUUCAAAGGCGAGCAGGAGCACAGGAACAGUAAUCGCUGGGUCACAAGUUCCAAGAACAAGAAUGGUUACAUGCAUUACAAAGGAUGGCGGUAUGCUUGAAACAGCGACAGCCAUCAAGAACAAGCUCAUACCAAAGCCAUUUACCAGGUCCGUAUAUACGAGGGGAUUUUCCUUGCGCAAGAGACCAGCAUUUCGCUCGGGAGAACUUACCAUAUCUGAGUUUGAAGACAUGUGCCAACGUAAUUACGGGAAAAACACAGCAACAACAAUAACAACAAGGUCCAAAUUCGGACUGGCUACACCAAACCAAAGUGGUUUGAAUUCGCUGGCUGCCACUGUGAUCAAAGGUAAAUACGGCGGCCCAAAAUCAGGGAACACUGGAAGACAAAUGAGAUUAAAUUUCUGCAUGUCAAGAACACGCUCUAGUGAUAUCAACCAAGAAUUUGUAGAACCAACGAGAAAUGCAACAAAAGCGGCGCUGGCGAUGUCGCCGAAAAAAUCACUGGCCUUGAAGACCCGAGGUGCACAAAAGGUGAACAGUACGAGCAGUGAUCCAUCGAGAAAAAGCCCCAUAGACUCACGCAGUAAUAGUAACACAGAAUACAGCGUCGUCGCAAUGUCAGAAGAUUGUCAAAGGAAACCCAGCGAUGUCUCGUGGAUGAAAGACUACCGACUCCAUCAAGAGUAUCCCACUCGUAUCCACUUAGAAGGAGACAAACCUAAUCCAAACGAGUUGAAUCAGUUAAUUAAACUUCUCCAUCUAUCGACAUCGGAUAUAAUCUUGAGACCCUACCGUAUGGUCGCACCCCUGAUGGCCAUAUCACAUCGUACUGGGGCAAGUCCACAAAUGCAACGAGUUGAUAAGCAUGCAUGCGGUGAACUGGACGUGAAUAGCAACUUAAUUCAAGAUGUUCUCUUAUUCAGUCAUCUGGAACGGAUAAACCACGGCAAUGAGGUGUUACUGCGGUGGAAGCUGUGUGACGAAAACUCACAUUGUGCUACACAAGUUUAUGAGGGAGUCGCUGUCAUGCGACUCAUUUCUGGGUACCUUGUAGCCCCACAGUAUAUAAUCGCGCCAGAAAGCGAGAAGCGCCAUGGUUUGUUUGUCGGUUUCACAAUGAACUACGCUGGUAAAUGGUGGGACCCCGAGUAUAUUAUUCUUCCCUUGACAGGUGUGAUUGAACAGAUAGCAAAAAUUCUUGAGGUAGAGAAAUCGCACGAUUGCCACUCAACUAUGGCCACUUUGAUUGUUCCUCACUGGGCAGGAAAUAUGCAAUUACGGAGUGAAGAACUGUUUUCUAAUGUAGAAUGUGUCAACUAUCGUGCAGCGAUAAGUUUCCUCCAUUUUCGCAUACCUCAAACUGUAAGAAGAAACCAUUCACUACGCUUCUUGUCGGAUGUCAGACGAACAGUCACACGGCAGAGUUCUAGCAUAAACCAAACUGGAACUAGAAAGCAUGUGAUUCGACCGCUAAGAUAUCUGGGGAAGAUGGUAAAGGCAGUGUUCAGAGCUAAACAGAGCAGAUAUCAAUCCCGUUGCAGAGCCGCUGCCAUCAAGGAACAGCGAAGUGUACUUGCCCCGACAUCACAAGCUAUUUGGUCAAUAAGAGAGCAUCGAUACAAAGUGAGCUGGAAAAACGUGGUCCUAGAUGAAGUCGAACAUAGUGUACCUAUUUUAUCUCCGAUCAAAUUGAGUGCAAAACUGAACGUUGGAGGUUACACUUUUCCAAGCGGAAUGAUAGGAUCAAAUGAAGUUCUAUCGUACAAAUCAACAUUUAUUCGACAACGACAGACAUGUAUCCCACUCGCCUACAAGGGAGAACAUUCUUUCAUUGUAAGCAAAGUUGGCAAUCGAAGAAAUCUGCCACUUGAUAGCGGUCGACCCUACCUAACCAAUCGAUCGCAGAGUUGCGCUGAAAUGAAUACCAUGGAUCACCAGUUCUGUGAUAUUUUUAGGCGUCCACUAUUCACUCAAGCGAGAAGCACGAAAGAACCGGCGAUUGCAGGAACACGGGAGGGAACAGUCACAAUUUCCAUCCAAUACACACAUGGAACUGGCUUGGUGGGAUCAAUUUCAAGCAAAACCGCUGACCAGUCACGUAGAAGUCACUGUGCUGCAACCUUCCCCAUCGCACAAUUUCCAUCCAAUACACACAUGGAACAGGCAUGGUGGGAUCAACUUCAAACAAAACCGCUGACCAGUCAUGUAGAAGUCACUGUGCUGCAGCCUUCCCCAUCAAUUUAUCUGGAUAUUGACGGAAGUGUGACAGGAGCUACGACAACUACAAAACAAAGCGUGGUGGAACGAAUCGAAUCGGAUUGUGCGAAGAUACCACGUGAAAAGAUUUGCGCCACUCCGAAGAAAAAUUACAUCAGUCCCUCUGGAGAUGUAGAAAAGGCGUCUGAGAACAACGAAGGUGAGAUCAUUUCUGCAAACAAACAGAGCCACAGUUCGACUGAAACACAGGCACGACGGAGAACCGCCAGCACCGGAUCCGUUAGUAUGGAGUCCUCGGUGGAAAUAUCUAUUUCAAUCACAGUAACAUCCAGUGGAAGCAGCGAGUCCCUGUCGUACACAAACGAAGAAGAGAGUUCUGACGCAUCUAGUCCUGUAUUUGACACAAGCAGUCAAACCGGAGAAACUGUUGAUUCCUCGCAGUCAGCCCAAAGAAACACGUGUACAAAAGACGAGUCUGGAGAACAUGAACUGCACAGAAAUGAAGUCACUAAAUACCCAAGGGCAGCACAAGCAUCCAGAGAAAACCACAUAGCCGACAACUCAAGAAGACCAACCUGUGUUGAACCCAAACCGCGGUUUACGACGGCAGGUAUACAAAAGCAAUCUAGGAUGAAUUCCAGAGCAUUGUUCAAAUUGCAACACCAUGAGACUUCCAGCACAAACGGCACAGCGACAAACUUAAGCAAGAUGCCAGUUUUGAAAGAAUCAUGGACAGAAAACGGUGACAAACAACCGACAGUCUUUCAUGAUGAAUCGAAAAGCAAGACGAUUACUUAUGUGGAGAUCGACGUAGUUGGGCGACCAGAUCGAGGGAAUUAUUGGCCUGGAGCAACUACAGAUCCAUCCACAUCCUUCGACCUCCCACCAGUGUUCCUGAGUUGCUGUUACAUGCAAAACAACCGUCGUGAGAAUAAAUAGGCCCGAUGGGGUUUCGGUCCCAACUAACAAACAUUACCUUUGUAUAAACUUGCUACGCAAGAAUACAGUAAUGAAUUGACGAA